CCUAAUUGUUGUGAUAAACUUAUUAAAUAGAUGAGUGUUGAGGAGAGUACUCUGGUGUGUCCAGGUGCUUUGAUCACGCAGAAUCCAGGCUUCAUCAAGGGUCACGGGACAUACCAGAAGGAAGACCAGCUGCAGGCUACUGUUGCUGGACACAUCGAGAGGAUAAACAGACUGGUCACUGUAAGACCCUUCAAGAGUGCCAGGUACAGUGGAGAAGUGGGUGAUGUAAUUGUGGGCAGGAUCAGUGAUGUCGCUCAGAAGAAAUGGAAGGUGGACAUCUAUGCCAGACAGGAUGCGAGUCUUCAACUAUCUGCAGUUAAUCUUCCAGGAGGUGAGUUGAGACGGAGGUCAGUUGAAGAUGAGCUGAUGAUGAGAGAGUACUUGGCCGAGAGUGACCUCAUAAGUGCCGAAGUGCAAAAGGUGAGCUCAGAAGACGGGCUAGUACAUCUGCACACGAGAAGUUUGAAGUAUGGAAAGUUAGGCCAAGGUAUUCUUAUCGCACUGAAACCGUCGAACAUCAAGAGAUCCAAAACACAUUUCCAUAAUCUACCAUGUGGCGUCAGUGUCAUUAUGGGGAACAAUGGUUACAUUUGGGUUGGAUCGACACUUCCGGUCGAAGACGAAUCAGGAGGUCACGUGAUUGACUCAGAGGUCAUCCAGAGGUCAGAGCGUGAAGCGAUAGCAAGAGUUGGGAAUAUAAUAAGACUUUUGGCAGAAAAUGAAGUGUUGAUUUAUGACACGAGCGUGAUUACUGCUUAUGAUUUGUCCUCAAACUAUGAAACGAAAGACUUGAUUAAAAAGAGUGUGAAAGAUGAGUUGAUUGUUAUGGUUAAAAUGAAGCUGGCUACUCAAAUAUGAUAGACCUAACUUUGUUUUCGUUGAAUUUAUUUUAUCUAUGAACUUAUUGUGUUAUAUUACGGAGCCAAUUUUCCAACGUAUAACAAUAAUAAUGUCACACAGUUAUAAAGAAACU